GCUGUAGGAGAGUGGGUUAGAAGAGAGAGGGAAGGUGCUGGGUGCAACAUUGUUGCAAUUUAGGGUAGGCCCCUCCUUACCAGUAGAUAAGCCAAGUUCUCCCUUGCAACUUCCUCUUCUUCUCCGGAUCCUGGCUGAAGCAGUUUUUUCUUAGCAGUUCUGUCAUCACCAGUGCAGCUAUGCAUCGUUCCAGGCGUUCCACUCUGCCUCCCAGACGUUACCAGUCGGAACAGGAACCUCCUGCACCUGCAAAAGAAAAAAUAAAGAUAAGUGUUCAAUCUAUUUCUGAGGAGGAUUUAGAUAUCAUUCCCCCAACUCAAUAUACUACUGUUGUGUCAGCCCAGGUUCAUAAUGUGGAAGAGCAGGGACCUAUUGAUAUUGAGUUAGCUCAGGAAUCCCCCAGACCUCAAGCAUUGCAGACCCAGCAGGCUAAUUUACCCCUUGAUAGUGUACAGGCCUCAUUUUUAAGUGCUGUACCCCCUGCUGCUAUGUCAGCAGUUUCUGACCUAUUGAAAAACAUAAUAUCCGCUAUGGCUGCAGCCUCCCCAGGGCCCAGUGUGACACCAGCUGUUUUCCCUCCUGAUCCUUCUAGUCAGGAUCCGGAUCCUGCUUUAACUACCCCCAGCAGGCAUCGCCCUUUCACACCUCUCAUUGAGGCACCACACGUGGCAACACGCGGUCCCCAGCCCGGCCGGAACAUGGCCCCUGUAACGGCCCCUCAGCCCUCUACACCCGGACUUGCCCCUGGUCGCACCAUACCCGAGGCCCAUGCCAUCCCAGGGCCUAUGCUGCUCCCCCCGGGGCCUAGCGAUCUCCUUCGCCAGCCGCGUGGUCCGGGUCCGACUUCCGGUGUCAACGCCAUGUUAGUGACGUCACCGGAAGCGGACAUCGGCACUUCCGGCUUGGCAGAUUCCCGCGCGGUCACAAGGACAUCGGCUCCCGGGGCAACGCCACUCGCAGGUGAGCACCGAGAGCCGUCCUUGGCCGUUGGCGGGUUAUCAGUGGGGGGUCAGAGGGGCAUUAACAGCGCAAGCAAACUGCGCAAGCGAACGGCAAAUUUGAACGUUAAUCCUCAGGGGCAUCAAAGGGGUCGCUCCAUCAUAAGAGGUAGUACCAGGCAGAUAGCCAGUGAUAGGGGUAGGGGGACACGCAGAGUUAACCCUUCCAGGGCAAUGAGGCCAUUACAGUUUAUACAAAUGGGACAUAACGCAAAUGCCGUUCAGCAGGCCGCUCCCGAUGUUAUUAACCCACACAGGGCUGAUAGUGGUUUAGUGCAAGCGGCCGCUCAGCCGCAUGAUAUUGUGUCUAAUAAUAGCCUGCAUGUGAAUCAAGGCAAUGUGCAAAGUAUGCAUGUUAAUCAAAACAUUGAGCAUCAUUUACCGUCUCAUCAUUUACCAUCCCCCAUUGGUGUGAAUGCGGCUUUGAAUGGUGUGAACGUACAAGCAGCUCCUCAGGGAUAUAAUACACCCCUGGUUGGCAUACAUAAUGCGAAUGGGCAAUCUUUAAGCCAGCUACAACAUCCCAUUAUGUUAGGCAUACAAGGAGUACAACCCCUUGAUCAGGGUAUCCACUCCCCCAUUGCAGCCACGCAGGGCGCUCAUGCACACUCAUUAAACCAUGCACAAUCAAUAAGCCAGGCAUGCCAUAACCCUAUUGUAGACCAGCAGGGUGUGAAUGCUCAGACAUCUGCGAAUGGACAGUCAGUGAGUCAGGGAUUUCAUACACCACUUCAUAUAGCUCAUCCACCCCUUGCUACUGAUAAUCCAGACACAUCCAUUGGGCAAAGUGCUCGCCAAAUUCUUUCUCUUUUGCAGGGGGCAAUUGGAUCACAAAGUGCAGCAAAAACACGGACCAACACUGCCACAGUCAUGAGUGGGGCGGAUGCAGAAGUUCCAAGCAGCAUUACAGCAGGAGCAGCAGCCACCACUUCCACUGCACAGCAAGGGUCUUCAGGACUCGCCCUCCAAAACCAGCCAGCAGGCCAGUCCGUUUCCAGCAUGGGUCAGGGACCUCCUGCCAUUAGUCACGGCACUACCCCCGGGGUGAAGCGAAUCUGGAUUGUGGGCCACUCCUUUGUCCACUGGGCCUCCCUACGCUGUGCGUCCCUCCCAUUUGGCCAAUCCCUAGGUCUCCCUACCAACAAGGCAUCCGUUAGGUGGUUGGGUGAUAGGGGGAUGUGCUGGCCCCAAUUAGCAGGAACCAUAUCCGAGGCCCUGGUACGCUGGGGGAAGCCUCACAUUAUUAUUCUUCACCUAGGGGGUAACGAUGUGGGGGCCAUACCAGUUUUACAGUUGAUUAAGGUUAUGCAGGCAGACAUUGGGUGGCUAAGAGUACGCAUCCCGGGGGUCAUGAUAGGGUGGUCCCAUAUAAUACCCCGUCUCCACUGGAGGCAUAUGUCGGCCCAUACGGCGGCAUACCGGGUUAGGAAGAAGAUCAAUGCGUCUGUAGCGAAAACCGUCACUGGGUCAGGUGGCUUCGUGGUACGGCACGAAGCCAUUUCGGCUGAUAGAACCGAGCUAUAUAGAAGGGAUAAAGUUCACCUUUCUGAUGUGGGGCUGGAUUUAUUCAUAGGGGACAUUCAGAGAGCUCUGUUACCCCUCCUGUAAAUCGGGUUGUGGGUUGGCGGCAAGGGUACCAUUAAAAUGCUUCCUUGUGGCGGGAGAUCCUCGGUCCGGUUGCGCAGGAGAAGGUCGCUAGGGGUGAGUGAUGGCCAGACUUCCGGGGAGGAGGGUAGGCCCUCACGUGCACGUGACGGUAACCCUCCUUCCUCCCUUUUGAGGGAUGGUCACGUGAUCUCUGCAACCCCUCAGCGUCAUCUCCUUUGGGCAGAGAACCCUCUGCUGCUGUUCCCGUUGGGCCGGUGAUCUCCUGCUGUUCUGGGUAUCUGAUCUCUAUGCCGCCAUAUAUAUUUUCAGUUCUAUCAGUUCUAUCUAGUUUGUUAGGUUAAUAAAAUUUUAUGGCCUGUGACGGUCACAAAAUUUUUCCCAUAAAA